AUGCAGAGCAAGGGAUCGAGUUUGCGGUUCACAGGAAUGGUGAUUCGAUCCCGAAUUUCAACUCUUUUUUUGUCUAUGUUCGCAACAUGUGCUUCCUUAUACGUUGCGGGGAGAUUGUGGCAGGAUGCCCAGAACAGAGUUUAUUUAGCGAACGAGCUCGACAGAUUAACUGGUCAGGGAAGAUCGGUAAUGUCGGUCGAUGAUUCCUGGAAAAUCUUAGAAUGCAGAGAACAACAGAAGAAAUUAGUAGCAUUGGAGAUGGAACUCGCGGCUGCUCGGCAAGAGGGCUUUGUUUCGAAGCAUUUAUUCGAGACCAAUAAAACUCCUAAGCGGAAGCCACUUGUAGUGAUAGGAAUACUUACUGGAUUUGGUCGUAAAAGUAAUAGAGAUUCUAUUCGAAAAGCGUGGAUCGGCACUGGUGUAACUUUGAAAAAGUUGGAGGAACAAAAAGGCAUCAUUAUCCGAUUUGUGAUCGGGAGAAGUGCCAAUCGAGGGGACAGCUUGGACAGGAGCAUCGAUAGUGAAAAUAAACAAACUAAUGAUAUAUUCAUUCUCGAAAACCAUGUGGAGGCACCUGAGGAACUACCAAACAAGACAAAGCUCUUUUUCGCUUAUGCUGCGGAAAAUUGGGAUGCUGACUAUUAUGCAAAAGUCAACGACAACGUCUACUUAAAUAUCGAUGCCUUACAACAUACCCUGGCAAAUCAUUUGGACAAGCCUCGCGUGUAUAUUGGGUGUAUGAAGUCGGGGGAAGUUUUUUCAGAACGGGGCCACAAGUGGUAUGAACCGGACUGGUGGAAAUUUGGAGAUGGAAAAUCGUACUUUCGCCAUGCUUCGGGUGAGAUGUUCGUGAUAUCUCAAUCUCUGGCUAAGUUCAUAUCAAUCAACAAAAAUAUUCUUCGUGCUUAUGCACACGAUGAUGUCAGCGUAGGUUCUUGGUUUAUUGGUGUUGAUGUAAAGCACGUUGACGAUAGGAACUUUUGUUGCUCUUCUUGGUCUUCAGGAGCUCUGUGUUCGGGUGUGUGA